AUGUUACAUCUGGCUCCAAUAGGUAAUUUGACUAAGAUUUGGGAGAAGGGUCAGCAAUUGUGUUUGACAUCAUGGUCUGACUUGAGUAACACUUCUAGAAACAACAUUGGAGAUUAUUGUUUCCAGGUACCAUAUACGGCAUCCCUCAUUGAGGAUGCUUUGUGUCUUGGUGAUAAAGAAAUAGUGUUUGGUCCUGGGGAUCUAUCUUGGACAUUAGGAGCCUCACUUGUUGAAGUGGAGAAACCAUGGCCAAGCAAUACUGAAACAAGCAUUUUAUCCCUGAAAAGCAACAAUGCUAUCAAUGAUAUCAACACGAAACAAGAUAUUGUCAAAUGGGAGAAUAUCAGCAUGAAAACAAGAUAUUUCGAACAACUUCUUGAAGUUUCAAUCUCCAUUUCGUGUUGCUUGCAACUGCAUGAAAGCCCUGCAGUGUAG